UUUUACAGCAGCCUCUGGAAAGCGCUUGCGUGCUCCGCGACUAUUUCUCAUUCGUUGCGCUCAAUCUCUUCCAAACGCAAAGCUCCUUAGUCCUUUAUUUAUAACCGUCGUUACUUGAAUGUCGGCACCGCAGAGAUUUAUCUGCAAUCUCUCCCUCACUCUCCCUCGUCGUUCUUCGUCUUUCUCUACCUUCAAAUCCAGAACCUUCCUUUUCCUUCCCUUCACUCACCCUUACUGGACCCUACCUCCUUCUUCCACUCUCCUCACCUCUUCCUCACCAAUGCCUCUCAAUCCGCGAAGUGGCGGGAACAGAAGACAAAUAUGGAAAGAAAAACCAACAACUGAAGGGAAGUUAUCUGCUAUGGGAGAUACAGUUGCAACUGAUGCUGAAACUGUUACUAACAGACUUUCUGGAAUGCAUAUUGCUGAAAGCAGUGGGCAAACCGAGGUCCAGCAUGCUAACAAGGGUGCUGUGCAAGGUUCAAUGGCUAUAUGGAAACCUAAAUCUUAUGGAACUGCAAGUGGAGUCAAUGCAGCUGAAGUUGAAAACACACCGUUGGUUGGUGCAGAUGUGGCUUCAACUAAAAGCAGUAGUGCUGGUUUGAGUAAGUUAUUUCGCGGUAAUCAGUUAGAGAAUUUCACUGUUGACAACUCCACGUACUCACUUGCACAAAUAAGAGCAACUUUCUACCCCAAAUUUGAAAAUGAAAAGUCGGAUCAAGAGAUCAGGUCAAGGAUGAUUGAGAUGGUAUCAAAAGGUUUGGCUACCUUAGAGGUUUCGCUUAAACACUCUGGUUCUCUUUUUAUGUAUGCGGGUCAUGAGGGUGGAGCUUAUGCAAAAAACAGUUUUGGAAAUAUAUAUACUGCUGUUGGUGUAUUUGUUCUUGGACGGAUGUUUCGAGAGGCUUGGGGAACUGAAGCUUCAAAAAAACAGGCUGAAUUUAAUAAUUUUCUUGAGAAUAACCGUAUGAGCUUAUCAAUGGAACUAGUAACUGCUGUUCUUGGAGACCAUGGACAGCGUCCCCAAGAAGAUUAUGUGGUAGUUACCGCAGUUACUGAACUGGGCAAUGGAAAGCCAAAGUUCUAUUCAACUCCUGAGAUAAUUGCUUUCUGCAGAAAAUGGCGGCUUCCAACAAAUCAUGUGUGGUUGUUUUCAACAAGAAAGUCUGCCUCUUCCUUCUUUGCUGCAUAUGAUGCCUUAUGUGAGGAGGGUACUGCAACGCCUGUAUGCAAGGCUCUUGAUGAAAUUGCAGACAUAUCUGUACCAGGUUCAAAAGACCAUGUAAAAGCCCAAGGUGAAAUUUUAGAGGGUCUUGUGGCUCGUCUUGUGAGUCAUGAGAGUUCAAACCAUAUAGAGAAAAUUUUGAAAGAAUUUCCUCCUCCACUCGCUGAUGGAGUUGCCCUUGAUUUUGGACCAAGUCUAAGGGAAAUUUGUGCAGCAAAUAGAUCUGAUGAAAAACAGCAAAUAAAAGCACUUCUCGAGAGUGUUGGUAGUUCUUUUUGUCCUGACUACUCAGAUUGGUUUGGGACUGAUGCGGCUGAUUUUCAUUCAAGAAAUGCGGACAGAUCUGUUCUUUCAAAGUUUUUACAAACCCAUCCUGCAGAUUAUUCAACUAAAAAGUUGCAGGAAAUGGUUCGGUUGAUGAGGGAAAAACGUUACCCUGCUGCAUUCAAAUGUUAUCAUAACUUCCACAAAGCCGAUGUCAUAUCAAGUGACAAUCUUUUCUACAAAAUGGUCAUUCAUGUACACAGUGAUUCUGCUUUUCGGCGAUACCAAAAAGAAAUGAGGCUUAAACCCGGAUUAUGGCCACUAUAUCGAGGAUUUUUUGUUGAUAUCAAUUUAUUCAAGCCAAACAAGGAGAAAGCCGCUGAAAUUUCUAAAAACAACAGUAUAAAUGCUAGUGAUGGCACUGACUCUGAGAUAGAUGACUUUGCUGAUGAAGAUGCAAAUUUAAUGGUCAAAUUGAAAUUUCUUACAUACAAGUUGCGAACCUUUCUCAUUCGAAAUGGCUUGCCAAUUCUGUUUAAAGAAGGUCCAGGUGCUUACAAGGCUUAUUAUCUGAGACAAAUGAAAAUAUGGGGAACCUCUCCACGAAAGCAGAGAGAACUUAGCAAGAUGCUCGAUGAAUGGGCUGUGUAUAUAAGAAGGAAGUGUGGAAAUAAGCAACUGUCAUCAUCAACAUAUCUUAGUGAAGCAGAACCUUUCCUUGAACAGUAUGCAAAACGUAGUUCUCAGAACCAAGCUCUAAUAGGUUCUGCCGGUAGUUUAGUUAGGACAGAAGAUUUCUUGGCCAUUGUUGAGGGAGGCCAGGAUGAAGAAGGUGAUCUUGUGGCAGAGCAGGAGCUAGCACCACCAGGGCCUAAUAUCUCAGUCAAAGACACUGUUCCAAAAGAUGAAGGGUUGAUUGUAUUCUUUCCCGGAAUACCCGGUUGUGCUAAGUCUGCCCUUUGCAAAGAAUUGCUAAAUGCCCAAGGAGGACUAGGAGAUGAUCGACCAGUUCAUAGUCUCAUGGGGGAUCUGAUUAAAGGGAAAUAUUGGCAGAAAGUGGCUGAAGAACGCAGAAAGAAACCAAAUUCUAUAAUGCUUGCUGACAAGAAUGCCCCAAAUGAAGAAGUUUGGAGACUGAUAGAAGACAUGUGUCACAGAACCAGGGCAUCUGCUGUCCCAGUUGUGCCUGAAUCUGAAGGAACUGAUUCAAAUCCAUUUUCUCUUGAUGCAUUAGCUGUUUUCAUGUUUCGUGUGCUUCAACGAGUAAAUCAUCCGGGAAAUCUUGACAAGGCAUCUCCAAAUGCUGGCUAUGUGUUGCUAAUGUUUUAUCACCUUUAUGAUGGCAAGAGCCGUAAAGAGUUUGAGGGUGAAUUGAUUGACCGUUUUGGGUCGCUUGUCAAGAUGCCAUUGUUGAAAUCUGAUAGGUACUUUCAGGAUAUCACCGGUGUGGGAACCCCCUUCCCGAGGCAGUGCAGUGCAUUUUGGAGGAAGGAAUUGAUUUAUAUAAGCUUCACUCUAAAAGACAUGGAAGAGUCUACGAAGGGAUCCUACUCAAAGGAAUGGAUAAAAUGGGAGAAACAAUUACGGGAUAUUCUUUGUGGAAAUGAUGAGUACUUCAAUUCAAUUCAGGUUCCAUUUGAGUUUGCUGUCAAGCACGUUUUGGAACAAUUGAGAAACAUUGCUAAGGGGGAUUACACACCACCGGAUACUGAAAAGAGGAAAUUUGGCUCCAUUGUUUUUGCUGCCCUCAAUCUGCCAGUUACAGAAAUUCAAGGUGUCCUUAAUAAUUUGGCCGAGACUAAUCCCAAGAUUGGCUCAUUCCUGGAAGACAAGCAUUUGGGGAAUCUUAAUCGAGCUCAUUUGACUCUUGCUCACAAGAGAAGUCAUGGCAUCAAAGCUGUAGCUGAUUAUGGUAUCUUUCUGCAUAAAAGGGUACCAGUGGAGUUGACAGCACUGCUCUUCUCAGAUAAAAUGGCUGCAUUUGAAGCUUGUCCCGGCUCAGUGGAAGAUGAGAAGAUAGUUUCAAAAAAUGCGUGGCCUCAUGUUACCCUAUGGACUGGUGAAGGGGUUUCGGCCAAAGAGGCCAACUUGUUACCACAGUUGCUUGCAGAGGGGAAAGCAAAUCGGAUUGACUUCGAUCCACCCAUCAAUAUAUAUGGCACAAUUGAGUUUUAUUGAGUUCUUUUUGCUACUCAUCUUCCUAAAAAUAUAACUAACUCAAAAGAAAAAGAUCAUUUUUUUUUUUUUAAUAUUUACAACAUCAUAUGCUUUGCUCGUGCUGAGUAGACUUACAUCCAAUAUUUAAAUAAGAUGAUGGAGAAAUUUUUGUAGCGGCUAGCAUUUUCUCCUGAAAUUAUGUUUAUAUAGGCUGUUUAGAAACCCAAGUAUGAUUUCUGGAAUCUUAUAGCUGAACUUUUACAAUAUGAGGUCUUUGUUUGAUGGUUAUUUUUUUUUUUUUUUUUGCCAUUUUACUUGUCGUUGCUAGUUUUUGUUGUAUUUUUCUUUUUCUUUU